AAAGCUGUGCAAUAAAUAUAUAUGAAAGUGUCUGAAUGUAUAGUGACAUGUCUGUGAUAUUUGAAACAGAAUUUUAUGAAAGGUUACUACAGUAAAAUUCUUUCUUUGUGCAUAACCAGUGGAAAAAUUCUCUAACUGUUUCUUUUUUCUCAUUCAGCCAUGGCAAACUUCCACGUACCCCCUUAUGCACCACCUGCAGCCAUCUUCAAUACAGUCCCUGGAUAUGCUGGAACAAUGUCUGGCGGAGGCGCAAUGGCAGCCCCCCCUGCGGCAAGCAUCCACACACCCCUUUAUGCACCCCCUGCAGCCAAUAUGUUCAAUAUAGUCCCUGGAUAUGAAGGAACAGCGGCUGGUGGAGGUGGUGCGUAUAUUCCACCUCCCCCUCCAUCUGUACCGAUGCCUGUGCCUGAACAGGCCCCCAGCCAACCAGACUGGCAUAUACCCUCCAUCUCAGAGGAUAGGGCACGUGAAGCUUUUGCAGCAUACGUCUCCAGCAAGUGCUGCUAUAGUUCUGACCCCGUCAAAGAUGGAGUCAUAACCAAUAUGGAGUCCUUUAAUACCUACAGGUAUCGUUUGGAGACGUUCUUGGAGUCCAGAUCUACUGAAUGGAGUCAGGAGCCCUACACAGGUCAGCCUGUUGAUGGUGGUGUUCAGCCUGCUCCAGGUCCGUGGCUGAUUGCAGCUCAACCUCCGGCCUUCUUUCAAGAGCACAAGCAGACCAUUAAAGUGCCCUUUACUUCAUCAGUCAAGAACUGUGACUUAUGUCAGACAAAGGGAAAAAAACCCUGUACCACCUGUAAUAGAACUGGAAAAAGGAACUGUACGUCGUGUAAUGGUUCUGGUAACCGUGAAUCUGGUCAACACUGUGUGAACUGCAGAGGGACUGGACGUAAAAACUGUCUUAAAUGUAGCGGCAGCGGCUCUUGCCAGUGUGACACCUGCCAUGGAAAGGGAAAGCUGCUCAUCUUCAUAAACCUCAAUAUUAAAUGGAGCAUAGAGAAAGAUGAUUUCGUAGCCCAAGACUCAAGUGGUCUGAAAGUGGAAAAACUGGAGGAGGUUUCGGGGAAGGAGCUCUUCAAAGAAGCCCAGUAUAUGGUCUAUCCAUUGAGGGGCUUUCCAGAUGUUUCUGUUGCACAAGCUUCUGAGCGUUUAGUAAAAGACCAUCAGGGGAAAUAUGCCCAAACAUCCCGCAUAUUACAACAGAGGCAGACGAUCGAGCUCAUUCCCAUAACCAAAGUGAACUACAAAUGGAAAGGAAAUCCUUAUGUUUACUAUGUGUUUGGAAAUGAGUUUAAAGUGAAAGCUGUUGACUAUCCCGACCAAUGUUGCUGUUCUGUCAUGUAACAUCAAAUACACCUGACCUGACCAGUAUAAGUACAAUAUAAAUACUGUACAUCCAUUAAGGUGAAAAAAAUGUAAUGUGUCUUUUGUCCUGUAUAUCACAGAAUCAUCCCAGAAUCAUCUGUAGUUGACAGACACAAAGGUCAACCUGCCCGAAUUGGUCAUUUUUUUUAUGCAGCUUAACUUCCAACCAUGUAUAUUUAUGUAAUAUUCAAUAUGACCAAAUAUGAAUAACUAAACUUCUUAUAGAUCAAAACAUUUUUCAGAAGACCUAACUAAUGAAUAAUAAGUAUAUUCUGAAGUAAAUCUAUAUAAAAUUUUUAUA